AUGAGUGACUCCGAGAACAAAAACAUGGAUGGAAGCGAAGCUCCACGGGCAAGUCUCCACCAAUUGGGCAAGAGAGUUCGAGUACGUGAUGCAACGAAGGCCACGCCCGAGUAUCUCUUUGUUCAGAACCACUUGCAGGAGCUGAAGGCAAGGAAUUUCGACAGCCUGCCAUCCCCUCCGAGGACGCCAAGAGUUUGUGAACAUGAACCAAGGAGGAAGUGGGAAGCAGCCAUGGCAACAUGGAGAUGCCAAAUCAGAUAUCUCCACAAGCUUUUCACCACGACAGAGAAGGUGGACACUGUACUGGAGGUAACACAUCGCAGAACUUUGCCAGAGGAGGAGACCUUGCAGGACUACUUCGCAGCAGUCCUUUGCUCCUUGUUCGAGCUGAGCAUGUACUCCGUCUACCUGACAUCGUGCCCGGCAAAGCUGGCUUGUUUGGUAGUGGAAGGAUCGGAGUUCCGCUACGAGGAUGAAGUCAAGAAGAAAGUGCUGGAGGAAUGCAAGCUGGAGUGGCAGACGAUUCUGGAUUUGGAGACAGAGGCCAACAGCAAUGCCACACUGAAAAGAGUUUCUCCUCACACCAGAUUUCGGUGCUAUCGUGAGCCAUUGACCCUGCUGGAGCAGAGCAACUGGACGGUUUCAGAAGCCGUGACAGAUAUGGUGCUGGCUUGGUUUCCCAGACUGAGCCAUUCGGCGAACAUAGAGAGCAUGUUCGCAGCCAUCGAGGACAAUGUAAAACGGACGGCGAAAAACAAUGGAGCCUCGCUGCCCAACUUGCAGUGUGCAUCCAUCAAAGCCCUGCAGACCAAAGUUUGUGCUGGGCCAGAAGGGGCAGAGCCGGUGCAACUGCAGCCUCCUGAUUUCGAAGGACAAGAAAUCCGAAAUGUGAAAAUGAAUGUGUUCAAGCCAGAGGCCUACACUGGAUGA